ACCAACCAAACCCCCACUGAGCACGGGCUCGCAGCAGCUCCCCGUAAGCGUUUCCACAUUCCUUAGGACGACACCUCCCGAUUGCCUUCGCGUGGCCUUACGGAGGGACCCGACUGUUUCCGGGGCAGCUCGGUGGGCCCCUAAAACUGGGGGAUCCGCAGAGUACACCAAGCAGGACUAUCACUUGCACUGCCAGUGGAACGGCGGCGAGAGGACAAGCCGCACCCGCAUCCUCGGGUUUUGCUGCGGCGCGCGCCGGGACUUAACUCCAACGGGGGUCAUGGCGAAAGAGCAGACUCCGGGCGCGGCGCAUUCCGGGACACCGGGCGAGGCGGUCGGGGAGGGCGCCGCGAGCGCCCAGCCUGCCCGUCCCACCCCAGGAGUUUCUGCCGGAGCGCAGGCGGCGGGACUCCACCCCCAGUCGGUGACCGUCUAGCUCUACCUGCCAUCCCGCUCCGCCCCGGAGGUCAAGCAGCUCUGCCACCUCCCGGCGCCGGCAGAAGCCCCGCCCACUUCGCGGAGCCCGCUCCGGCCCCGCCCCCUUUCCCAUCCCAGGACGCGUUGCGCGGCCCGGGCCGGAAGUCGGCGAGUUCCCGGGCGUGUGUCGGUGUCUGUGUCUCCAAGCGGCGCGCGGCCGGGGGCGAUCGCUGGGGAUUCCCGUCCGAGGCGUCAGCAUUGUCACUACUAUCACCCACGGAGCCACUUCCAGAGGGGAGUAGACCCGGCCCUUCGCCGGGCAUUGAAGAUGUUGCCCCUGUCCAUCAAAGACGAUGAAUACAAACCACCCAAGUUCAAUCUGUUCGGCAAGAUCUCGGGCUGGUUUAGGUCUAUCCUGUCGGACAAGACGUCUCGGAACCUGUUUUUCUUCCUGUGCCUGAACCUCUCUUUCGCUUUUGUUGAACUCCUCUACGGCAUCUGGAGCAACUGCCUAGGGUUGAUUUCCGACUCUUUUCACAUGUUUUUCGAUAGCACUGCCAUUUUGGCUGGAUUGGCAGCGUCUGUUAUUUCGAAAUGGAGAGAUAAUGAUGCUUUCUCUUAUGGGUAUGUCAGAGCAGAAGUUCUGGCUGGCUUUGUCAAUGGGCUAUUUUUGAUCUUCACUGCUUUUUUUAUUUUCUCAGAAGGAGUUGAGCGCGCGCUGGCCCCUCCCGACGUGCACCACGAGAGGCUGCUGCUGGUCUCCGUCCUCGGGUUUGCGGUGAACCUGGCGGGCAUCUUCGUCUUCCAGCACGGAGGCCACGGGCACUCUCACGGCUCUGACCACGGGCACAGCCAUUCCCUCUUCAACGGCGCUCUGGAUCAGGCCCACGGCCGGGGGGACCACUGCCACAGCCACGAGCCGAAACACGGGGCUGUGCACGGCCACGCCCACGGCCGUGCCCACGAUGGCCCCUCCUUUAAAGAAACGGCAGGACCCAGCAGACAGAUUUUACAAGGCGUGUUUCUGCACAUCCUGGCCGACACCCUGGGCAGCAUCGGGGUGAUCAUCUCUGCCGUCGUGAUGCAGAACUUCGGCCUGAUGAUAGCGGACCCCAUCUGCUCCAUCCUGAUCGCCGUGCUCAUCGUCGUCAGUGUCAUACCUCUUUUAGGAGAGUCUGCUGGGAUAUUAAUGCAGAGAACUCCUCCCUUGUUGGACAAUAUUCUGCCCCAGUGCUAUCAGAGGGUGCAGCACCUGCAGGGAGUGUACAGUUUACAGGAGCAGCAUUUCUGGACCUUGUGUUCCGACGUGUACGUGGGGACCUUGAAGUUGGUGGUGGCACCGGACGCUGACGCCAGGUGGAUUUUAAGCCAAACACAUAACAUUUUUACUCAGGCCGGAGUGAGACAGCUUUAUGUACAGAUUGACUUUGCAGCCAUGUAAGGAGCGAGAAGAAGCUGGGCUUCUUCGGAGACCGACCUUCCCGGUACUGUACGUAGCGUUUUAACCGAGAGGAGGCGUCACUGCCGCUCCCCAGCGCCGGCCGGGCGGGGCAGCCGCGUGCGCCCUGCGGGGGUCGGGGGUCCGGUUGAGACCCCCCCUGGACUUCUGCUCUGGUCCUUUGUACUCCCCCCUCCAAACCACUUUGAUUUCUGAGCUUUCUGGUUUUGUCCCAGGGUGUUGUUUUUUGUUUGUUGGUUCGUUUCUCUUUUCUUUUUUAAUUUCCAAUGUCCUCAUGCCACCCCUCUGACCAGCUCGUAAAAAGUGCAGAUGUGGGCUUCUGGUCAUCUGGAAGGCCUUCACUGAAGUGGCUGGAAACCGCCUUCUUCCUUCCCACAAAACCAGUGUUAUUAAAAAAAAAAAAAAAAGAAAUGGAAAUCUGUUUUAUAUGUAAUGUCACAGUUGUUGACGUUCUUCAGUAUAAUCAUAUGUUUGUGAAAUUGUUUGUACCUUGCAAACUUAUGAACCAAACCAUAUUGGGUUUUCCAAGUGCCUUCGUCUCAGAAAAUGUAUUUGCCAGCAGAGAAAUUUACCGUCAAAAGUCAUGUGUGUUUUUUAAAUGGAUAUUCUGUAAUCUGUACAAAGUAAGACACUCUUGUUAGUAACGUAUACAGAUUGUCAUUCUGUGUGCUUCAGCGGAGGUUUAGAUGUAUAGAAAUUUUCUUUUAUUGUUUUGUCUCAUCAAAAAAUAAAAGGUAAUUUUUUGCUUUUUAAAUCAAAUUCAACUAUCACAUUAAAUUAUUUUGUGGAUUGUUUCCAAAACAUGCAAUUGCAUCUGUUAUAAAGGUAGUUGUUUUGACUUUCUCCAACUGCUAAAUUCCAAAUUUCUACAGAAGCUACUGUGUCUAUGACGAGCUUUCCUCUGUUCGUCCUUGCUGUGUUUUGUGGGUUUUACUGAUGAAGGAAAAGGCAGCAUGGAGCAAAGACGGAAAUGGCUGCGACGGUGUCCUUGGCUUCGUCUUGCCUCAAACGCCAAGCCGCGCGCCCCACGUGCCUGCGUGGCCAUAGCCGGGUGCCCCCAGCAGCCACUGCUGCGUCUGGGCCGGCGGAGGCCGGGCACACGUGGGACUGGGGAGCUCUUCGCGACACAGGCGUCUUGGGAGUUCACCGGUGAGCUGAUUGCCAAGUGCCUGUGUCUUUGGAAAGUAAAACUGCAAUUUGAGAUGACAGGCGCUUGACCAGUCUGUGUAAACAUUCUGUCGCAUUUGUACUUCGUUGCACCGCAAUGUGUAGCCCCUUUUAAGUUUAAAAAAGUGAAAUUGUUGGGGGUUUAAAACCCGGCAGGAUGGUAGUGAAUGUUGAGAUGUAGGUCGAUCAUAAGCACUUUUCACAGCUGCAGCGGAAACUGCUGUAGAUUUUGUCUAAGGUCUAGAGUGUCUUUUUCCCUAUUUCUGGCCCACGAUUUAUGAACUACUCUGUAUUAGGGAAACUGAACUGCUCUCUUCACGCUUCUUUCUCUAAACCCCUGCAGAUGGCCACGGACUCUCCGUGGCCUCCUCUCUGCAGACUAGUAUUUUCAAACCCUUUUUUCUUACUGCCGGGCAGCUCUGAAGCUCCGCGUUCCUGCAGUGGAACGCGCGCAGCUGCAGCAGCUGCUGAGCUGCAUUGGGCAGGGGGACGUACACAAGCAUGUGUCCUGAGGAUGGUACCGCUGCUUUGUCGUGAGUGUCAGAGGGAAGUCACUUCGAGGUCUCACCCACGGCCAAGCCUGCUGGAACCCUGGGUCGCUCACUGGGUUCAGGCUUUUACGGGAAGUGACUUCCAGGCGAAGUCAGGGAUUUAGGACAUGUGUCUUUAAAAACUAACCGUGUGUAAUUGUAAUGAUAUUUCACAUGUGGAGAGAAUAUCUGCACUGGCUUGUAAAAUUUAUGAGUGGUUUUGAAGGUCCAAUUCUGCCUUUCACUGAGCGCCCUGUUCCAAGCGAAGCUUUUGUCAGUGUGCAAAGUGCAGGCGUGUGGGCUUUUUUCUUGGGUAAGACCUUGACUGUAUGGAACACCAGAGCGAUAGGGAAAUCUAAUUUUGCACCUGCCACCGAGAGUGCCAGCUCCUAUCGUUUGGCUGGUUGGCUUUAACAUUGAUGCUUUAAUUAAAUGUUUUUAAACUUGCACGUGCAGCAGUAGAAAAUUAGAGAGAAAAAGCAGUUUGUUUCCACACCCUCAGGAAUUGCUCUGUUUUACUGGUAUUCCUGGCCCAGAUGUGCAACUGAAGCAGAUGAUUUCGCUGAGAAAUAGCUACUCGAUUAUUGUUAUAAAAUAAAUUUAGAAUGUCCCUAUCGUUGGGCCGACCUUGGAGGGGGAGGUGGAAACCUCAGUAUCUGAGUAUAACUUUGCUUAUAUUUGAAAAACCAAAAUAUUCUCAGAGACCACAUUUCUCUUGCUCAGGGAAAGUUUACUUUGCCAAGUAAACGUCCCCAAGCAGAAAUAUCUACACUAGUUUUGUGCUUUUGAGUCUAGAUUACUCUGACCAGGAGGAAGGGCUCCCCCUGUAGGCCCCCUUCUCUUGCCCAAUCUACUCCACUCCCCGCCCCCCCGCACCUUUGUGAGGGACAAGGCCUAGUGUGUCCGUAGCUCCGUGUUCCCCACGGCCACCCCCAUGCCAUCCUCUGCCGAGGCCGGAGGAAGUGUGGUCACAUGUCCUUGGCACUCUGAUUCCUCUGCAUCCAAAUGCCUCAGCGUUGAGGCCAGGAACCAAAAUGCUGUGACCGUUGUGCACUUUGUAAAGCAGCCAAGUCACCGACCCCCAGUGCAGUCGGGCCGAGUCCUCUGAUGUUUUUUCGCCUGUGUCGUCCAUGUCGUAGAUGAGUAACGUGAGCGUCCCCUCAGAGAACGCUGGGGUUUAAGAACUGAAACAUUCCGUUGCUUGACACAGAAUUUGACACCUGAGGCGACUGUCCUUCGCAGCAGUCUGUUCUACCUCUCAUUUUCCAGAUGAGAACGUCAAGCCCAGAAAAGCUGGCCUUUCCUCAAGGUCGCAGAGACCAGUAGUGGCCAAGCCAAGACUGGACGCCAGGUCUUCCGACUUGCGGUGCCACCGCUUCACGGGCUGCCUGCCUUUCUGUAAAUGUGACGAGAGAGCAUUUGUAAAUAGAGGACCUCUGACCUCCAUUUUUGGUACAUGAUUGCACUUUAUAAAUGGAGUUUUACUGUCUUAUUUUUCAUAUCUAAUGAUGCAGUUUAGAAUAUUAUUUCCAUAGUAUUCCUUAUGGAAGAGAUAAUUAAAUUUUUUACUCUAUUUUUACUUUUUUACUCUUGUGAAGCCAGUUCCUGAUUUUUACACAAUUGACGACGUCUGUGCAUUGGACCCGUUUCACCUGUGAGUGGAUUUUCCUGCUCAUUUGCCCGAGGCUAAAUGAAGUGGGAAGCUCUCUUGGUUUCUCCCUUUUGUGUGCAUUCUGUGAACUCCGGGUCUUUGUAGAAGCCAGGUUCGCUGGCAGGCCCUGUCAUUUCAGUCUUGCUCCUUCAUCGCUCAGUCACUGGAGAGCUUGCGAACGGUCUGACGUUGUCCUCAGAGCCACACAAAAUUGGGCAAUAAAUCUUGUAUGGAACAAAAUAAAUUCUUUCGUUCAGUAGGGUGAAAUUUUGAACUCUUAAAUCAGAAUCCCAAAUGCUAAACUGUUACUUUCAAGUCUCCAUGUAAGCAUUAAUCAUCUUGAGAAAAUUUUUUUUGGUCACCAUCUUCAAAACGAGUUUCCGAUUCACAAGACCUUUGGAAAAAAAGAAACUAUCUGUUUCUGUAAAGAACAUUGAUCAAAAGUUUUAAUAAUGGGAGAUUGUUUCAAGACACAUCCCCCAGAAGCCUUAGUGAUUCCGAUCUCAGCCACAGAAUCAAGAUAGGCGUUGGUUUCUGUUUAACCAUUUUCUAACUGAAAUUAUCCAGAAAGUUUGGGGUCUAACCUUUAUCAAGUGUUCCUGAGUCAGGCUUUCUGCGUGGCCUUUCUCAUGUUAUCGUGUUUGAAAUCCUCACGUUUCUAUGAAGAAUUUUAUAUGAUUUUAUGAUUGACGGAGUGUUUUCAAAUACACUUUCUCCUGAUUCUCCUGCCGCCGGGGAGGGAGGGAAUCGUGCCCUGUUCCCCAACUGAGGAAGCUGCAGCGAGAGUGAGCAGCCUGCCCGCGAGGAGCGGUGCGGAGCAUCGGCACCAGAGUCCGGGCUUUCUCUGGACCUUGUCCCUAUGUCUGUCUUCUCGAGUGAGUUCAAGACCCCAGAGGUGGCAGCAGAGCCAACUGCCCUGCUGCUACCCUGCUGUAGCCCACGAAACAUCACUGUGGCGGAGCAGGCGUGGGGAGCGAGCAGGCCUGGGGAGCGGCUGUGGCAGUGGCUCUUUCUGUCACCUCUUUUGCUCACUCCCUGCCUUUGCCAUUGAACUGAAACUGCAGGCCACAAAGAGCGAUCAGAACUCCUUUCAGCACUCUUUUAAGAACUUCAAAAAAAAAAAAAAGUAGCAAGUUUUAGUGACACUGGCGGAGGAGGAAGCUGCUGUUUACCCAGGACUGG